UUUUUUUUUUUAUAGUUAUUUUUCAUUUCUGGAUAGAGAUAAUGGCCUGUGCUAGCAGACAUUUCUACCACCAUAUUCUUCUCAUCUUUCUUUCGCAGAUUUUUGUUUCAUAGUGUCCAUGAAUCAACUCUCUCCUUACCCUUUUUCAUUUUCUUGUUGUUCAUUUACUCAUAAUACCUUUAACCCAUCUUGUGCUUGUGUUAUUGCUUCAAUGCCUCAAACUCCAAAAAGUUGGCUUACUUGGGAGUCAAACUAUAAUCAUUUUCUUCAUGUGUGAUUUCAGGAAUUUUAAGUACCCUUAUAAACUAGAUUUGCUGUCAGAUUCUUUAUUGGGUGUGUUUGUUUUACUUUAUUCAAGCGUCCCGGUACUUUCUUCUGAUUUUUAUAACUAAAUUUCAAGAAUCUUUAUUUGGCUGUUUUGGCACAUAUCUCAAUCUGGGUUUUGGUGGUAGCUGACAGGAUAAAAUCAAAUUUUUUUUUUUUUUUGGAAUUACAAAAUUGAACUUAGAGGAUUCUGAUUCUAUGAUUCCUUUUUCUGGGUGUUUGGGAUUUUCUUAUCCUCACUCAAUUUUGGGUUUUCUUGCAUUUGGAUUGUGAAGCUAAUUGGGUGGAUAAGGUAGCAUCUUCUCUCACCUCCUUUUCAAUCUACUUGUUUUUACUGAUCUUGGAGGUGGGUGGGCUCAUUUCCUUCUUACCCUUCUACAUUUUUUCUUUGAAGUUUGAAAAUUUUGGGAUUUUAGGUCUUGUUGGAGGGUUUCUGUAGAUUUGGCAGACGGGUUUUCGAUUCUUUUGACCUUUGAUUUAUAUUCUUCUGAAAUUAGGAAACAAGUAGUUCAGUUUGAUACUGUUUGAAGUAACUUUUUGUGGUUACUACUGUUGUGGAUGAGUUUUCUUCAUGUAAUUGGGUUUGGCUUGAAGGUGGGACACCUACUAUUGAUGCUAUGUUGCUGGAUUUUGUCUGUGUUUUCCAUGAAUUGGGUCAUUAAUGGUGGAGUCAUGGACACCAAGACUGAUUUGCUUGGUGGCGGUGGGAAGUUAUGGCUGAAAUUUUGGGAGAAGAUCUCAGGGAACAGUAGUAAGAUCCACCAUCACUACUACCAGUAUGUUGGGUCCAAGAGAGUGAGGGAAACAUGGUGGAGGAAGCUUUUGGUCACAUGGGUAGUGAUUUGGACCAUAGUGUCUGUGUGGGUUUUCUGGUACAUGAGCUCUCAAGCCAUGGAAAAGAGGAAAGAGACCCUUGCAAGCAUGUGUGAUGAGAGGGCUAGGAUGUUGCAGGAUCAGUUUAAUGUGAGCAUGAACCAUGUACAGGCUGUGUCCAUCUUGAUCUCAACCUUCCACCAUGGCAAGAACCCAUCUGCUAUUGAUCAGAAAACUUUUGCAAGGUACACUGAGCGAACUGCUUUUGAGAGGCCCCUCACAAGUGGUGUGGCAUAUGCUGUGAGGGUGCUCCACUCAGAAAGGGAACAAUUUGAGAAACAACAAGGUUGGACAAUUAAGAGGAUGGAUACUGUUGAACAAACCCCAGUCCAUAAGGAUGAGUACAACCCAGAAGCCCUGGAGCCAUCCCCAAUUGGGGAGGAAUAUGCCCCUGUUAUCUUUGCACAGGAUACCAUUUCACACGUGAUUUCCCUCGAUAUGAUGUCCGGCAAGGAAGAUCGUGAAAAUGUGCUGCGCGCAAGAGCAUUUGGAAAGGGGGUUCUCACAGCCCCAUUUAGGCUAAUCAAGUCAAAUCGCCUUGGAGUUAUAUUGACAUUUGCUGUUUAUAAGACAGAUCUCCCCUCAAAUGCAACCCCAAAUGAGAGGAUUCAAGCAACCGACGGGUAUCUUGGGGGGGUGUUUGAUAUUGAAUCACUUGUGGAGAAGCUACUACAACAGCUUGCAAGCAAACGAACCAUCCUCGUGAAUGUGUAUGAUACCACUAACGCUUCGCACCCCAUCAGUAUGUAUGGUUCAAAUGUAUCAGAUGAUGGGUUGCAGCAUGUUAGCGCCCUUAACUUCGGCGAUCCGUUCAGAAAGCAUGAGAUGCGUUGCAGAUUCAAACAAAAACCACCGUGGCCAUGGCUAGCGAUAACAACUUUUAUUGGCAUCCUUGUAAUAGCAUUGCUUAUCGGGCAUAUAUUCCAUGCAACGGUGAAUCGAAUAGCUAAAGUUGAGGAUGAUUUCCAUGAGAUGGAGGAGCUUAAAAAACGGGCCGAGGCUGCAGAUGUUGCAAAAUCACAGUUCCUUGCUACUGUUUCCCAUGAGAUAAGAACCCCGAUGAAUGGUGUUUUGGGAAUGUUGGAUAUGCUUAUCGACACAGACCUAGAUGUAACUCAACAAGAUUAUGUCAGAACUGCACAGGCCAGUGGAAAAGCUCUAGUCUCCCUCAUAAAUGAGGUUUUGGACCAAGCAAAGAUUGAAGCUGGUAAGAUCGAACUUGAGGCAAUACGGUUUGAGCUGCGAGCAAUUUUGGAUGAUGUUUUGUCACUUUUUUCUACGAAGUCUCAAGAAAAAGGAGUGGAGUUAGCAGUUUACAUCUCUGAUAGGGUCCCUGAAAUGCUAAUUGGUGAUCCAGGGAGAUUUCGGCAAAUCAUCACAAAUCUCAUGGGCAACUCAAUCAAAUUCACAGAGAAAGGGCACAUCUUUGUAACAGUCCAUCUCGUUGAGGAGGUAAUGGAGUCUAUGGAAGCUGAGAAAGAAUCAUUAUCAAAGGAUACCUUGAGUGGGUUGCCUGUAGUAAAUAGACGCCAGAGCUGGGCAGGAUUCAGAACUAUCACUCAGGAGGAACCCAGUUGUUCUUUAUCCUCUAACCUCAUCAAACUAAUUGUAUCAGUAGAGGACACGGGUGCAGGGAUCCCAAUAGAAGCCCAAUCUCGUGUAUUCACUCCCUUCAUGCAGGUGGGUCCUUCUAUUUCACGAAUACAUGGGGGCACAGGUAUCGGGCUUAGCAUAAGCAAAUGUUUGGUUGGACUCAUGAAUGGUGAAAUCGGUUUUAUAAGCUUACCCAAGAUAGGAUCAACCUUUAGUUUUACUGCUGUCUUCACCAAUGGCUGCGUCAAUUCAAGUGAGCACAAGGACCAGCAAAUCAACAACCAGUCUAUCUCUCUUUCUUCAGAAUUUCGGGGUAUGAAAGCAUUAGUUGUGGACCAUAGACCAGUCCGUGCCAAAGUGUCAAGAUAUCACAUCCAGCGGCUUGGUAUCCAGGUUGAAGUAGUUUAUGAUUUGAAUCAAGGUUUCUCCAGCAUAAGUAGUGGGAACACAGUUAUCGACAUGGUCCUUAUUGAGCAGGAAGUCUGGGAUAAAGAUUUAGUCUUGUCAGCUCUCUUUGUUGAUAAAAUAAGGAAGAUUAGCCAUGGAAUUCCUCCAAAACUGUUUCUUCUAGCUAAUUCUAUCUGCUUGACAAGAAGUAGUGUCACAAACUCCAGCAUUUCAACUCCAACUCCCAUCAACAAGCCUCUGAGGGCAAGUAUGCUGGCUGCAUCUCUACGAGCCAUGGUUGGUGGGACUAAGGGGAAUUGCCGCAAAGGAGAGCUCUCCAGUCUCUCUCUCCUCAAUCUUCUUCAAGGAAGAAAAAUUUUAGUUGUGGAUGACAAUAAUGUAAACCUCAGAGUAGCUGCUGGUGCUUUGAAGAAGUAUGGAGCGGAUGUGGUCUGCGCUGACAGUGGAAAAAAGGCAAUUUCACUGUUAAAGCCACCCCAUCUGUUUGAUGCCUGCUUCAUGGAUAUCCAGAUGCCAGAAAUAGAUGGGUUUGAAGCUACAAAGAGAAUUCGGGACAUGGAACAAAGCAUCAAUAAUUGUCUCCAAAAUGGAGAACAAUUUGUAGAAGCUUACAGAAGUGUUUCGAACUGGCAUGUACCCAUUUUGGCUAUGACUGCAGAUGUGAUCCAGGCUACACACGAGGAAUGCCUGAAGUGCGGAAUGGAUGGAUAUGUGUCGAAACCAUUUGAGGCUGCACAACUUUAUCAGGAAGUUUCUCGUUUUUUUCAUGCUGUGUCGAAUCAGAACUCAUAGUGGGAAAAUUCGAUAGAGGCUUUUCCGAUGAUAGCAAGCAUGAGGGCAUGUUCUUCGAGCCAGUUUGGAUUGCUUAAAUCGGUUCAAAUUUUUUCUUAAAGAUUUUUACAGGGUAGUUACUCAUUUUCUUGACCGUGUAUAUACAAGCAAUGCAUUAUUUGUGAGGAUUUAAUUUGCAUAUAUUGCUACACGAGAAAAGUGUAGCAGAACCAUAUCAUUUUUCCUGGUAAUGUAGAACUCACAUUCCAAGCCUUCGGAUGAUACUUCAAAUUAGAAAGGUCUGGGGGGAGGUGGAGUUGGGUGUAUCAUAGAAGCUCUGGGGUUGCAUCUUCGUUCCUGUGUAAGAAUAAGAAGGUGCAAUUUUGUGAAGAGAUGUUACAUUUUCAUUGUUUACCGAGCAAAAUCGGAGUUGUAUUAUAGAGAUUAAUUUAGUUGAUGAUGAUAUGAAACAGCUUCUCAACACUGAGGGAAGAUUGCAUCAUGUAUAUUGUAGUAGGUUCAAUAAUGGUAAUUGAUAUUGUCCUCCUCAUGUUAGCCCAUUUUUGUUUAACCAACACUUGAUGUAAUUAGCAGAGUGAAUCAAAUUCAAAUGAUAUCAUGACUUUUGUCUACUUUGUACAUUA